CACACACACAUCACCCCAGACAAAGAAGGAUUCCAACUCAUCACCGCAGCCCAUGUGGAUAGUGGACAGCCGGCGAACCUUGGCAGCCCCCGGGCACCACCAGCCACUGAGAUGCCAGAGCCGUUGUCCUUCGUGCUCACCACAGGGACGAUCAGAUGUCCAGGCAGCGGUGACCUUUGAAGAUGUGGCCAUUGACUUCACCCAGGAGGAGUGGGCCCCACUGGACAAGGCUCAGAUGAAGCUCUUCAGAGAAGUGAUGCUGGAGACUCUGGGCCACCUGGUGUCCGGGAAUUCUCCAGUAUGCAGCAGCUUCUGAGAUGCCGCUUCAAAGACAAAAGAUACGAGUGAGCGAAGCCCCAAGUGGGAGAAGUACUGAAGUGGACAGAUCGUAUUAAAUAACACUGCACUGUAG